CUGUUUAAGGUUGAGUUGGCAUUAUGGGAUACGGCAGGACAGGAAGACUACGACAGGCUCCGCCCACUCUCCUACCCCGACACUGACGUCAUACUAAUGUGCUUCUCUAUAGACAGCCCCGACAGUUUAGAAAACAUCCCAGAAAAAUGGACACCGGAAGUCAAACACUUCUGUCCCAGUGUUCCCAUAAUCCUUGUAGGCAACAAGAAAGAUCUAAGAAACGACGAGAGUACGAAGCGAGAGUUGAUGAAGAUGAAACAGGAACCCGUGCGACCGGAAGACGGCCGCGCCAUGGCAGAAAAGAUCAAUGCUUAUGGAUAUUUAGAAUGCUCCGCUAAAACAAAAGAGGGCGUCCGUGAAGUGUUCGAAAACGCCACCAGGGCGGCGCUGCAAACCAAGAAAAAGAAGAAGGGGAUAUGUGUUACUCUAUAACUCUACUGCGCAUGUAAGGGUGGGUCCAUCUCUUGUUUCUUAAAACAUUUUUUACUGAAGGAAUGGAUAAGUGGUACCUCGGCUCCCGGAAGUAUAGCGGAGAUAGUGUAAACAGGUCGCCAUUCCUGAAUCUGAACAAAGUUAUCAUAACUAAACGUGUACUCAUUUAAUUAGUGUUAAUCAUUUGUAAAGAUGCUGUGUAACAAGCCUUGACAUUCUGACUGUGUGACGUGUACAUUUGUGUCAUGACGUAAUGUGUCCAUGGAUACCGCUCCGCGCGUGCAAUUUUUUUUCUACUAUAAUUUUUUACGACAACUGGCGGACGGAGUGAAAUGAACCUUUCUAAAGAUUUCUUAUAGUCAUGUAAUUCUACUGUUAUUUAAGAGGGAGAAUGAUAGCAGUUUUUUUUUUAUUCAUGUAUUCUUAUUUAAAUUGUAAUAUCUCAUCAUGUAACUUUUGCGUAGCUUGUCUAAUAAAUGGAACCAAAGACA